AUGUUCCGCCCCGCCGUCCGCGCUUUGAGGCGACAGCGACCAUGUCCACAUAACCUCAUAUCAGCCACUCGAUCACAGUUCAUACCCAUACUGGCCCACUCCGCACCCAUGUCGACCUCCACCACCAUCUCCCCACCCCUCCCAUCCACCCAAACAACAGAUGCCUUCCAACUCCUCCCCGAAGCCAACAAACCUUCCUCCGAAGACCAGAUCUACGCCGAUCAGGUCAAGCAAGUAGAAGAAUGGUGGUCCACACCCCGCUACACCGGCAUAAAACGGCCGUAUUCAGCAGCAGACGUGGUAUCGAAACGAGGCACCCUGAACCAGACAUACCCCUCUAGCUUGAUGGCGAGGAAGCUCUUCGAUCUCUUAGAAACGAGAUUGAAGGAGGGCAAACCAGUCCACACCAUGGGCGCCAUCGACCCCAUCCAAAUGACCCAACAAGCGCCCCACCAAGAAAUCCUCUACGUCUCCGGCUGGGCGUGCUCGAGCGUGCUCACAACCACAAAUGAAGUCAGUCCGGAUUUCGGUGACUAUCCCUACAACACCGUGCCCAAUCAAGUCCAGCGACUCUUCAAAGCCCAACAACUCCACGAUCGCAAGCAUUUCGACGCCCGACGCUCCAUGUCCGCCGAGCAGAGACAGAAGACCCCAUAUAUCGACUACCUCCGGCCAAUAGUAGCGGAUGGCGACACCGGCCACGGAGGCCUAAGCGCAGUGCUGAAACUCGCAAAACUCUUUGCCGAAAACGGAGCAGCGGCCGUCCAUUUCGAGGACCAAUUGCACGGAGGCAAGAAAUGCGGACAUUUGGCCGGCAAGGUCAUAGUCCCCGUCGGCGAACACAUCAACAGACUCGUAGCCGCACGCUACCAAUGGGAUUUGAUGGGGUGUGAGAACCUGGUCAUCGCGCGCACCGAUAGCGAAAGCGGGAAACUUUUAUCUUCCGCUGUGGAUGCACGGGAUCACGAAUUCAUCCUCGGGACUACCGAGGAGGAUCUGGAACCUUUGGCGGAAACGCUCCAGAUUAUGGAAGGCUCCGGUGCGACCUCAGCCGAAAUCGACGCUUUCGAGGCGAAAUGGACGAAAGAGCAUAAACUCGUCACCUUUGACGAAGCAGCCACAUCCCACAUCGACGCCUCCGGAGGCGAUAGCGCGGCCUACCUCUCCAAAGUAAAAGCCGAACCCAACACCCCCCUCCACCGGCGCCGCAAACUCGCCACGCACCACGCCAACGGCAAACCCGUGCAUUUCAACUGGGACACGCCGAGAACGAGAGAGGGAUUCUACCACUACCGUGCCGGCCUUCCCGCCGCGACCAAAAGAGCGAUAGCCUACGCACCCUUCGCCGACCUCCUCUGGCUCGAAACAGCCGACCCCAGCGUCUCCAAAGCCGCGGCCUUCGCUCAAGAAAUCCACGACGUGGUACCCAACAAGAAACUCGUCUACAACCUCAGCCCCUCCUUCAACUGGUCCGCCCACGGCUUCUCGGAUGAGGAUCUCAUAAAUUUCAUCCCAGAUCUCGCAAAACAUGGUUUCGUUCUCCAACUCAUCUCCCUCGCGGGUCUGCAUAGUACGGCGACCAUUACGGCGGAAUUGGCCCGGGAGUAUAAGACUAGGGGAAUGAAGGCUUAUGUGGAUUUGGUGCAGAAGAGGGAGAAGGAGUUGGGGUGUGAUGUUCUGACGCAUCAGAAGUGGUCGGGGGCCACUUAUUUGGAUGGGAUUAUUGGGAGUAUUCAGGCGGGGAGUUCGGGGAGUCGGAGUAUGGGGAGUGGGAAUACUGAGGGGAGUUUUUAG